UUGGCCACGCCCCCGCGUGGGGGGGGUCUCCCUUUGUCACGUGACCGGGGACGUGGCUGCCGUGCCGGGGGGGCGAUGCCCAGUCGGAAGCGGAAGCGAUUUUGGGAUGCAGAAUGCACACCCUUCCCAGAUGAGACACCCCUACUGCUGAAAAAAUCAAAUGUCAGGACAUCAGGGGCUGCUACUUCAAUUUCCAAUGCAUGGCUUAGGUGUGGUGAUGGUUUUCAGAGCACUUCAGUGCUGGAGUCUCUGAGACCUACUGAUAAGAAAUCCAGGAUUAGGAAGCACCUUGGACCGCUGUUAACAUCUGCUGAAAGUGCAGCAGGAUCCGUUGCUGCUGAAAGCUCUAAGGAGGCUGAGGACAUAACAUGGACCUCUAGUGGCAGUGAUUUUUCAGACUGUGAAAAUAAAACAUUGAUUCCAAGGCUACACAACAAAAAAAGUCAUGGUUCCAGAACAGAGGAAUCACCUAGCAGACCUGAUUUAUUGUUAGAGGACAGUAGUAGUGAAGAGGAGUUGGAAUUCAUUGACUGGGGGAAGGAUAGUGAUUCCACUGAUAAGUGUGAUGGAUCAGAAAAAGAUGACGGCUCACUGGAGAUAUCGGACUCAGACUCUUGCACCGAUCUUAAUUCUCUGCCUGUCAAAGAGGAGAAUGAUGAGCUUUGUAAGUGUGGAUUUCAACACAUUUUUGUGCGGGUGCCAAGAACACUGUGUUCUGUUAAGUCACAGGGUGACGUAGGGUGCUGGCUGGCCGCCAACCUGGGUCAAGUUCAUUCAAAUAAGUUUCAGUGGCAGGUCUUGCUGCCUAAGCCCUGCCAGUUCUGCCUUUGCAUGACAACUUCAGUGGAAAUUUCUGAGUAUUCAUCCGAUAAUGACAGUGUGGAAGAAGGAGAAACAGGGCUGGUGACCGCUACUCCAGGAUCCACCAAGAGAUUAUGGUCGAGGUCAGGAGAGGACACAGAUGGUGUUACAGCACAACCAGCCAGCGAGUGGCUGAGGUCUGCGCAGGCCCUUCUCCACACCCCAGGAAAGCAGGCAGGCAAGGCCCCCCGAGCCCCCACCGAGUCCGCAAAGAAGAGGAAGCUGCUGAGGGGCGGGCUAGCUGAGAGGUUAUGUCGACUGCAGAACAGAGAAAGAUCUGCCAUUAGCUUUUGGAGGCAUCAGUGUACUUCAGAUACUAAAAUCUCCUCAGAUAAAUCUGGUGUCCUAAUUGUGAAGAUAUUGGAAAUGUUUGAGGAGUGUACAAUACAAGUUGCCAUCUGCCAGCAACUGCAACAGACUCCUGCUACGCUUUCAUCUGAGGAUGCUGUCAUCAAUGCAGGAGAACCAAUACUCAAAGUCCUCUUUGUGAGAGAGACAGCAGCCCACCUGAAGAGCAGGCCACAGGAUGUCAUCCACAUCUACCCUCCAUGGCAAAAACUGCUUCUCAAAAAUGCAGAUGUUCCUGUUAUAAUGAAUACGUAUUUUAGUCAGAAGGUGCUACUCAGUGAACAUUCAGAAGCAGGAGAGAAGACAUACAGCCUUACAAAUAUGGUUAUUAGGAAGAAUAUUAUAUCUUUGGCACAGACAUUCAGACUAGACGACCUUGAUGAUGAGUUACACCAGGCAGAUAAUCAGGUUGCUUGUACUCCACAAAUCCACAACAACUGCGAUUCCAAACAGGAUUGCUUAGCACUGAAUGCUGUUAAUGAUUCUCUGCUUGAAAUGGUGGAAAGCCAGGGAGCAGUGGGAUGGAGAGAAGUGCAGGUGAGAGUCGUUAUCCAAAGGGUGUACUGUUUGCCUGCAAGAGAAGGUUACGGAAGCCACGUUCAAGGAAACAAGCCUCUUUGUGCAACAUCAGUCACAAAUUCGGAUCUACCCAAUGUUAGGUUAUGCCUCCUUGUCCAGGAUGCCUAUGGUAUGUUCAGUGAAGUGCAGCUACAGUCCCUGAGUUCUGCAGGUGACGUUGAGCAGUAUUGCAGGAGAUGGGAAGGAAAAUUCUGCUGCCUAGCUGGAAUGAAAAUCUUGCAAAGAACCACAAGAGGAAGGGCAUUGGGACUUUUUAGUCUAAUAGACAGUCUGUGGCCUCCAGUAGUGCCUGUAAAAGUUCCUGGACAAAGUCAAGGCUCUGAAAUGAUGACAACUGAACUUCCUCCUCCCAGCUUCUGUUAUAUUCUUACUGUUCAGUCUGGUGAAAUACAUGUGGAAGUGGACGAGGAAGAACAGAUUUCUAAUUUGUACCAGCCACCAGUUGUUCAUGGGCUACAGGAAAUUCUUCAGAUGGAUGGUUGUAAUGAACGUUGCAGCUUUUGGGCGCAAGUGCUGUAUCUGAGGCUGCAGACAAAACAUAGUGUUCCUUUAAAUCAAAGAGAGAUCUGGUUGUUUGUGACAGACUCCACAUUGCAAAAUGUGGCUCAUAUGAUUCCAAAAGUUGUUGCCGUGUCAGUCGCUGCAUCGUGUGUUCUCAGUGCAGAAAUCACAGAAGCCCUCAGUGUUGCCUCGCAACGCGUCUUCUUCAAGGAUGCACUGUGGGGAAAUGGUAGGAUUAUUUGUGUUGAACGUACUGUUCUCUUAUUACAAAAGCCUCUUUUGUACUCGGCUGCCGGUGCUGACCUCAGUGAGCUGACUGGCCCUGUCAGACUUGAUGAGCUGGAUUCUACAACACAGGCCAACUCCAUUUGUGCUGUAAGAGGUACUGUUGUUGGAGUAAAUGAGAGGACUGCUUUCUCCUGGCCUACAUGUGACAGAUGUAGCAAUGGAAAGUUGGAACUGUGUCCCCAGGACAGAAGAUUGUUAUAUUGCAACCAGUGCUCCGAUGUUGUCACUUCACCGGUUUUGAAAAUGCAGCUGGAAGUCUUCUUGAGUUGUCCAUCCCGAUCUCAAAGUACACUAAAAGUAAAGCUGUUACAAAAGACAAUCUCUUCUCUCCUGAUGUCCUCCACCAGUGACGAUGGGAGUUAUGAGGUGCAGAGCGUGCUGGGAAAGGAGGUGGGGUUAUUGAACUGCUACGUCCACUCUGUAACCAGCCACCCCAACUGUGUUGGACUGGAGGAAAUAGUUCUUCUGGAAGCAGCAGCAAGACACUGAGCUGGACUCUAGUCAGCUGCUAUAGUAUCUGUGGACUUUGUAAUGCGGUUAUCUGUUAACUAGUGCUACAGAUAAUGUGUAAUGCAAGUGUGAUAAGUAUUGAGGCAGUUUAUUAAAACUGAUUUACAAAGCACAUUGUGUUAUCGCUGAAAAAAUCAGUUUAAAAAAAUCUGUUCAAUUUUCUGAACUCUUUUUUGGAUCAGUUCAGAAUUUAAAAACUACAGUUCUUUGGCACGUUUGCCGUUUAUAUACGUAAAACAACUUGUUCUGAAAGUUUUGAAUAGUGAUUUUUUUUAUAAUACCGUAUUUAUUAUGUUUCGAUGGACAAUAUUUUACUGAUAUUUUUGAAAUAAAUACCUUGCUACAGGCAGUGAACAUUGGUCUAAGCUGAGUUUUAUCAGCAGAUUCCAGAUGUACCGCUGGCUGCAAUACACUGUGUUGCACGUGAAUUCUGAGUUGUAAUGUUUGUUAGCACCUUGCAAUAAAUGUUGUAAAGACACAAUAAAUGUUGUAAAGACAGAGA